AUGAGCUCCUCAAAGACCGACCUGAUGCAGGACAAGACCUACCAGUCUAUGAUUCAUGGAGAUGAUGCUACAGAGAUUUCUGGCAAAAUAUUUGAGGUAAGUCAUGUGGAAAACAGAUCUUGCAGAUGUUCAAUUCCUCUUUCAUGUAGAGUUUUUUAUUUUUCAACUUUACUCAUUAUUAGUUGAGUAUGAGAGCCAUCAUCUCCAAAUAUGCUAAACUAUUUUAAUAUGUUUUUGUGAUUAGUAAAAAAUACAUUGCUCUAAAUCAAAUCACAUGCACCGAAUACAACUGGUAUAGAGUUUACUGUGAAAUUCUUGCUUAAAAAUUGUAACACAAGACAAAUAAAAUAAAAUAAACAAAAAUGGAGCUACAGUGCCUUAAGAAAGUAUUCAUACCCUUUAACUUAUUCCCCAAUUGUUGUUACAGCCUGAAUUCAAAAUGGAUUAAAUAUAUGUUAUUUCUCAUCCAUCUAUACACAAUACCCCAUAAUGACAAUGAAAACAUGUUUUUAGAAUUUUUUGCAAAUGUAUUGAAAAUGAAAUACAGAAAUAUCUCAUUUACAUAAGUAUUCACACCCUUGAGUCAAUACUUUGUAGAAGCACCUUUGGCAGCAAUUACAGUUGUGAGUCUUUCUGAGUCUCUAAGAGUUUUCCACACCGGGAUUGUGCAAUAUUUGCCCAUUAUUCUUUUCACAAUUCUUCAAGCUCUGUCAAAUUGGUUGUUGAUCAUUGCUAGACAACCAUUUUCAGGUCUUGCCAUAGAUUUUCUAUUCGAUUUAAGUCAAAACUGCCACUCGGCCACUCAGGAACAGUCACUGUCUUCUUGGUAAGCGACUCUAAUGUAGAUUUGGCCUUGUGUUUUAGGUUAUUGUCCUGCUGAAAGGUGAAUUCAUUUUUUAAAAAGUGUAUUAGCUAGAAAGAUAUCUUGCGUCGUAGAGAAAAUGUUGCUGUUGUAAAGCACAUUUUCAGCAACUCUACACAUUUUUCCAUUGAGCUGAGUGAAUUUUGCAGUUUUCAAGCUAAUUUCCUGAAAUUCUAUGCAUUUUGCCAUCGAUAAUGCUGUGUUCCUCUGCUCAAACAUUAUAAUAAAAUCAAUGGGCAUGUGCCCUGAUUGCCCUUCUUUUUUUUAAUUCUUUUUUUUUUUUACUGUAACUUGGCAACUCAGGAACAGUCACUGUCUUCUUGGUAAGCAACUCCAGUGUAGAUUUGGCCAUUUAAGUUAUUUUCCUGCUGAAAGGUGAAUUCAUCUCCCAGUGUCUGGUGGAAAGCAGACUGAACCAGGUUUUCCUCUAGGAUUUUGCCUAUGCUUAGCUCCAUCCCGUUUCUUUUAAUCCUGAAAAACUCCCCAGUCCUUCACAAUUACCAGCAUACUCAUAACAUGAUGCAGCCACAACUAUGCUUGAAAAUAUGGAGAGUGGUACUCAGUAAUGUGUUGUAUUGGAUUUGUACCAAACAUAACACUGUAUUCAGGGCAAAAAGUUGUAAUUGCUUUGACACAUUCUUUGCAGUAUUACUUUACUGCCUUGUUGCAAACAGGAUGCAUGUUUGGCAAAAAAAAUCAUGAACUUAUUUAGGCUUGCCAUAACAAAUACUUAGUGACUCAAGACAUUUCAGCUUUUCAUGUUUAAAAAUUAAAAACAUAAUUCCACUUUGACAUUAUGGGUAUUGUGUGUAGGCCAGUGAUAAAAAAAAAUCUCAAUUUAAUCCAUAUUAAAUUCAGACUGUAACACAACAAAAUGUGGAAAAAGUCAAGGAGUGUGAAGACAUUCUGAAGGCACUGUAUAUACAGUGAGUACCAGUACCAGAUCAAUGUGCAGAGGUACGAGGUAUUUGAGGUAGAUAUGUACAUGAAGGCAGGUUAAAGUGACUGGGCAUCAGAAUAGAUAAUAAUAAGAGUAAAAUAAAGAACUGAGUAGCAGCAGCAAAUGAUGAGUGUAAAAGUGUGUAUGGGUGUGUGUGUAAUGUGUAUGAAUGUGUGUUUGUGUUUUGUCGAUAUGCGUGUGCGUGUUAUGUGUGUGUGUGUGUGCCUAUGUAGUGUAUGUGAAUGUGUAAGGGUUUUGUGUGGGAGUGUCAAUGUAGUGUUGUGAAUGUGGGAGGGUUUUGUGUGGGAGUGUCAAUGUAGUGUGUGUGAGUGUGUAUAUGUUGUGUAUACUGUAUAUAGUCUAGUGAGGUAUGCAUAGGGUCAGUGCAAAUAGUAUGAGUACCAUAAAUUGACUAUUUAGCAGUCUGGCUAUUUAGCAGUCUUAUUUCUUGGGGGUAGAAGUUGUCUCGGAGCCUGUUGGUCCGAGAGCUGAUGCUCCGAUACCGUUUGCCGGACGGUAGCAGACUGAACAGUCUAUGGCUUGGGUGGCUGGAGUCUUUGGCAAUUUUUUCUCUGGUUUUAGUUCAGAUGUUUUACUUAACUGUCAAUUGAACAGUAACAGAAUCCAGUAUGUACAAUAGUCUUUUGAACAGAUGUGUUACUGUAAACCAGAUCAUAAUACAGGACUGAUAUGGUCUUUCCACACUAUGAUAUUAGUGGGCUCUGCAAGGUGACUCGGCAGUGUUGGGAAAGCACUCAGCCCUGCUGGGGGUCCGUGACCAAGCCAAUGCCAGCCCUCUGCAUUACGCAACCUCACACGGGCAUAUCAGCACCAUACAGCUCAUUGUGCAGUUGACUGGUCCAGAUGGUAAGACGUAUUUAUUUACUGUAUGCAGUGGUACCACAGGUCAUAGGGAAUAUCUUCCUUUAAACAUCAUUAUUGUUUGUCAUUUGAUAUUGUCGCCAAAAUCUUAUUUAUUUUGUUUUAUCAAUCAUUUGGUAUUGAUGCAUGUAUUUAAAUGUAUUGAGAAAACAAAUAUCUAUCUGUGACCUUUGUGAAGAACUGAAUGCCAGUGAUGAGGAGGGUAACACUCCAUUGCACUGGGCUGUGCAGAGGACCCAGAGAGAGAGCUGUGCUUGCCUGCUGGACCUGGGGGCAGACCCGAACAUCCUCAAUCUCCGCCUCAUGUCUCCCCUGCACCUGGCUGUCAGCCUCAGGCACAACGCUCUCGUCGAGGUCCGUCCCCUACCUGACCCCCCAUUCAUCUCUACUCUAGGGGUUUUCAAACUUUUCUUGCCCAAGGACCCCAAACCCCAUCAUAUGUUAACAAAAAAAUGUUUUACGUCUUGUCUUCAAUCAAUCAAUUUUAUUUUAUAUAGCCCUUCUUACAUCAGCUAAUAUCUCGAAGUGCUGUACAGAAACCCAGCCUAAAACCCCAAACAGCUAGUAAUGCAGGUGUAGAAGCACGGUGGCUAGGAAAAACUCCCUAGAAAGGCAAAACCUAGGAAGAAACCUAGAGAGGAACCAGGCUAUGAGGGGUGGCCAGUCCUCUUCUGGCUGUGCCGGGUGGAGAUUAUAACAGAACCAUGCCAAGAUGUUCAAAAAUGUUCAUAAGUGACAAGCAUGGUCAAAUAAUAAUCAGGAAUAAAUCUCAGUUGGCUUUUCAUAGCCGAUCAUUAAGAGUUGAAAACAGCAGGUCUGGGACAGGUAGGGGUUCCAUAACCGCAGGCAGAACAGUCAUCAGGUGAAUGAUAAUAGCAAGUAGAAGUAAUCAACAUUUGAAAAUGAAUAGAUUUGGUGGACAGUUCCAUUAUAUAGACCUCCCCACAGUUCAUUGGAAGAGGAAGUGUACACUCUAACAUAGUCUAUUAGCUAGAAAGGUGUCUUGGCAUGUAGUGAAAAUGUUGCUGUUGUAAAGCAAAUAUUCUGCAAUUCUAAAAAAAAUUCCAUUGAGCUGAGAGAAUUUUGCAGUUUCGAAGCUAAUUUCCUGCAAUUCUAUGCAUUUUGCCAUGGCUAAUGCUGUUCCUCUGCUCAAACAUUUUAAUAAUAUCAAUGGGCAUGUGCCCUGAAUGUCCAUUUACUUGAAUUUUCUAUUUUCCCUGACUGUCUAGCUUUUAUUUUAUUGUUCAUUCUCAAAGAUGGUAUUAUUUUAAAAUAUAGUUCCAAUAUCUUUCCUGCAUGCUUUCUAUCCGGUUUUGGUUGUUUAAGUUGACACUGAAACAGUUGAUCCAUCCCGAAAAAAAUACCACAAUAAUUUUCUAUACAGAAAAAAACUGUAAUUAGCUCCAAUGACUGUAAUUUCCUCCAUAUUAGUUUUGAGAUUUGGCAAAUAAGCUAUUUAUCCACUUCCCCAGAGUCUGAUUAACAGGAACAGCUAGCAUGCUAACUGUUCCUGUAGACUUCCAGUCAUUGUGCUAACGCUAGCGAGCAUUGGCUCGUGAAACUACCUCUAACUUCAUACUGGAUGUAGAGACAUACAAAUGGUAUGCACGAUGGUAUUCUGUUGCAACUCGAGGUCUUCACUGAUCCACCUGUAGCCCCUGAGUGGGUCCGUUUCCAGAAUUCUAAAUAAUGUCACGGUUUUUGGGUCGGAUCUGCUAUGAUUGUCACCAGGGCGAUCAGAAAACGUGUGAUGAGGCUGCACUUACCACAGCACUUUUCAAUCCGUUGUGGCAGCUCCACCCCACUUUUGAUUUAGUUGAAUAAAAUAGCGUUAAAAAGAGGGGAAAAGUGCAGUUUAAAAAAAAAACAAUUUGCCUCAUGAUUUGUCAAAUAACACAUCAUUUCUAUGUCCUUCACAUCGGAGUGCUGCUGUUGGGUCUUUGUGUGUCUUCUUGAGCGAUCAGAUUCACAGACAUCUCAGGUCGGGCCGGGCACAACGCACAAAGCUCAAGGCGCGCGCUCUCCACUUUCCUCAGGUGUUUAGCAACACAUCACUACUGACAGACACAAGCAAAAACUAUUAUAUAAAUGUAGCAGCCUAUACACAUCAACAUUAGCGAUCUGACAUAUUGUAUUCCAUGGAAACGAAACUAUUUUUCAGUCUGAUCAACUGUAGGCUACUAACAACAGCAGCUGCAUAGUCUAGCCAACUGUGCACCCUGUUCCUCUGGGCUGGCCAGGUUAAACAAAGCGGUAACGUUUUGAAUUUAUAGCCCAUUUGUUUGUGAGAAAAUGUGAAUGGGAUCCUUUUGGUUUAUAUUCAAACUUGGGAUGACUAGGCUACCUAUACUUUUUCAAUCCAAAAUGAUUAACUGGAAUUAAUCAGUAAACACAAUAGCUGACAUAAACUGUGAGUUAAUGUUUAAUUAGGCCUACAGUUGCAUAGGGUAGGACUACAUAAUGCAAACCUGCAUAAAGAAAGCUCAGCCCUGUGAGAUUUAUUGUCCAAUCAUGUUGCUUUCUAUGCAUAGCCACAGUAGGGGUGCUGAGGGUGCUGCAGCACCCCCAAAUACAUUUUGGAAAAAAAAUAUCCACAAAAUGUUCAAAAUGUGUUAACUAGGCCUUUAUUACUCCCCCCAUCGACAAUACUCCCAACCCAAAACAUCUUCCCGCGGCCAUGUUUCUCUGUGUCUGUGUAGGAUAUAGGUAACCUAACGUAGCAGGCUUAAGAGAAACGCUUGAGCAGAGUUCCCACAUCCGGUUUUCAGCAGAAAGAAAUGUAACAUAUGGUUGUUGGCAACUCCGCUAAAGCUAGUGUAGGCCUAUAGGAAACCCCCCUAGUCUUUAACAAAUAAUUCAAAUGAACAAGUACAAGGUUACUGUAGUUGACAGGGUUUUCAUCAAGGCUAGGAUUUUUUUUUAAUGACGUGACCUGAUAAGAAAAACUCUGCCCAUUUAAACCUUUUACAACAGAUUAAUCAGUCAUACCAUAUAAGGUCUAGAGUUUUACCUGGUUAGGUUACCAGAUCGGGAAAAACUACGGGCCCCACCACUCUGGGCCCCACCUAUCUCGGAUAUGUGUCAUUUUAACUGACGUUCCGGAAGGACCCGUACAGACCCGAACCCAACUGCUGUAAAGAGAGAGAGAGAGUGGCGCGUGGUGCAUGUAGCUGGUCGCGUGUAGCUCAAGUGGUGCGCAUGGCCAAUCAUAAGUCAUCAAAAUGGCAAUAGUCAUAGAGCCUCAGUGUGUGGCAAAAGUGAGGAGAUAUCAUGGGAAAUGUAAUUAAAAUGACAGAAUUAAAAGUUAAAGGAGAAGGAUAGGCUACAACGACCAAGAGCCAACAGGUAGGCUGCUACUUAAUAUUAUGAAUGGAGUUGUUGUUAUUUGUAACUGUAGGACAAGAAAGCACAAGCAGCCUCAAUUAGCCUAGCUAUCUAGCUAGCUUAACUAGGUUCUCCCAGUUUGAUGCAGUCAAGACAGGCACUACUUAAUCAUAUUGGAUGAUAAAUAACCUAGCUAUGGCAGCUAUUAGUCUGCUAUAGCGUGAGUCGGCUUGGUUGGUUGCGGUCUCUCGUCUCUCUCUCACAGAACGUGCACCCAGGGGGGGCCCCAGGACCGAGUUUGGGAAACCAUGUUCUAAUACACCUCUAUAACACUUCUACACUUCUAGCUAGUGCACCUCCAUGUACUAUUAUUCAUUCAGUCUAAUAACAUAUAUUAUGUGAUAUGAUAUACUACGAUAUUAUAUGAUGAUAUGAUAUUAUAUGAUAUAAUAAGAUAUGAUAUCAUACAGUAUGAUUUAUAUUAUAAGUAAUUGGGUUUUUCCACAGCUGUUACUGUCUCACAGCAACACAGAUGCCAACCUGGAGGGAGACCAGGGGAACACACCUGUAAUGUUGGCCUGCUCGCUUGAUAACCAUGAAGCUCUUCGUCUACUUGUGUGUGAAUAUUAAAUAUAUGGCCACUGUAUAAUUGUCAAAUUGUGUGUUCUUUUAUGUUUGAACAAGGAUAUGUGUGUGAUUCAUCGUUCAUUAUUGAUGUCCUAUGAGGUUUUUGUAAUGUAACUGCUCAAAUUUCACGUACUGUUCUCAGUUUAAAUACAGAGCCAGACUAUGUCAACAGAACAAGCUGGGGCAUUAUCCCAUUCACGCAGCAGCAUUUGCAGGUGCUAAAAAAUCAAUGCUGGUGGUUCUUCAGAAAUGUAAAUAAGAAACAUUUGCUUUCCUAUUAUAAUAAUCAAAUACACAUUUUGGUACUCAAACAAUGUUAAUCAGAUAAUUCUUACUCACUAAUGUUCUCUGCUGAAGGUGAGGAGAUGGGUUGCUCAACUGAAACGCACAUCAACUACGUGGACAAAUCAUUCAGCACUCCUCUUCAUCUGGCCGUCCAUGGAGGCAACCUGGAGGUGAUCAAACUCUGCAUAGAACAUGGAGCAAAAAUCGACCAACAACAGGUAUGUCAGCUGGUGAUGAUGAAGUUAAGAAGCUUUUUCUGUGGAUAUGUAAAUAAUCAUUCAAACUGCACCUACAAAUAUCAUAUACAUAUAUCUAACACAAAAAUAACUUUGGUUCUUUCUCAGAACCAUAGACAAAAACACAUAUAUUUCUAAGGCUUCUGAGUAAUAAGAAAGACCAAUUAUGAACCUUAAUUAUACUUUUCUUCCAAUAUAAAACAAUGUAAAUAUCACAGUUACCAUUACAGGCAUUCAUUUGAAAGGUUCUUAGAACUGAGGUUCUUACAAUGUGUUACAGUAAGUAACAAUAGGUUAUUAUGCAUCCAUAAGCAUCCACCCAUAAUGGGUACAUUGUCAGUUCAUGUUACUCCCACGAGACAUUGGAAGAUUACCAAAUCCACUCUAAAUCUAAUCAAGGGGAACCGACCGGUGUCUGUAAUAUCCUGACAUAAUUUCAAGCUGGUCUGAGUCAUUGUAAUCUCUGUUAUGUCUUUCUGCUUCUCUUUACAGUGUGACAACUCCACAGCCCUCCACUUUGCCUGCACCCAGGGAGCAACCGAGGCGGUCAAACUCAUGCUAUCAGCAUAUGAUAGAGUCUGUGAUGUCAUCAAUAUCACAGAUGGAGCUAGCCAAACCCCACUGCAUAGGUAGUACACUGUAUACUGUAUGCAUUUUUCAUUGGAAAAUACUUUUAGGUAAAAAUUAUAACCUACUCUCUUACUCUUUUAUCAUGUUUUUCACCAACAGGGCAACAAUAUUUGACCAUGUUGAAUUGGCUGAAUACCUCAUUUCAAAGGUAAACACAAAACAUGAAAAGAACCAUGAGAAAAUUAUGAAUAUUUUUCCAGUGUUUCACGAUCUUAUCAUAUUAAUAUUUAUUCUUUGACAGGGCGCAGACAUUAACUCCAUUGACUGUAAGGGUCAUACCCCACUGCUUCUGGCAACAAGCUGUAGUGCAUGGAAAACAGUGGGGCUUCUUCUUACACAUGGUACGAUUCUCAAAGAGAGGCGAAUGUCACAUUUAGUUUACACUAGUGUAUGGUUUGUCGUAAUCAUGUUCAUCCUCUCCUAUUUUAGGCGCUAAUUUGAAAAUAAAAGACAAAUAUGACUGCAAUUUCCUUCACCUUGCCAUCUUGCAGCCUAAAGGUCUGAAAAACCUUCCUCCAGAAGUCUUACAGGUAAUAUUAUAUGAUGAAGGUACCUGCUAGAAGUUUCAAUAGCAAUGAUGAAGCUUCCAAAAUGACCCUGAGAUCCAUGUUAAAAUGUUCAAUGCAAAGUCAUAAGUUCUAAAUAUUGCAAUGAACUCAUACAGUAUGUUGUAAUGAGCACUAGUGGGGGAUCUUGUAAGAACACGUAGUGCAUUACUGCCACCUAGUGUAGAGAACUUGAAGCAAAUCCAACACACAGAGAAGGAUCCCAGAAUCAUAUUGUUAGCCUUUGUAUUAAACAAGGUUCAAUAUUAAAACCAUAUAUCUUCUUGUGACUGUCUCAGUAGGGUUGACAUGUACAAUCAUUUUUAAUCAAGUUGGCAGUAAACGCUUAGUUUGACUCAUGAGAUCCCAAAUUUAUCAUAUUGUCUCUUGCCACACAGUGCAGCAAUGUGAGAGAGCUCCUGGGUGCGGAGGACAAUGAGGGUUGUACUCCCCUGCACUACGCCUGCAGACUGGGAAUCCCAGAGUCAGUGACGAACAUGCUCGGACUCAAUGUCUCACUGGACCAGAAGUCUAAGCAGAAGAAAUCUGCACUGCAUUUCGCAGCCGAGUUAGUUACUUCUGAAUACAUUUCUACAUUAUUGACUAAUUAAGUUGUCAAUAGACUCAUUAUACUCCAACAACAUGAAUGAUUUUCCCUGUUUUCUAUUUUGGCUGGUUUUCAGUUUAGCAUUAUUUGUAUUUGAUAACUUACUUUUUAAUGAUCAAUCUUUUCUAUUCCAGGUAUGGGAGGAUAAACACCUGCCACAGACUCCUGGAGAGCAUGACCAGCACCAGGCUGCUGAACGAGGGAGAUGAGAGGGGGAUGACUCCCCUCCACCUGGCAUCCCGCGGCGGCCAUAUUAAAGUGGUAGAGCUGCUGCUGCGAAAAGGAGCUCUGUUCCACAGGUACAGUACUUCAGACCUGCUACGCACACACGCACUCACACUCAACGCUAAUCCGAGUGAGGUGAACCAUUAUUGCCCAAACCAGUGGAAACCAAGGUCUAUCUUUUUACUACAUUUUCCAUUUUGAAUCAGCUGCAGUAGUAAUGAAUGUUUACAGUAUGCCAUUGCAGUGAUUAUAAAGGUUGGACCUGUCUACAUCACGCUGCAGCAGAAGGCUACACCCAGACCAUGAUCAUACUCCUGGCAUCAAAUAUCAAACUGCUGGACAAAACAGAUGACGAAAGGGUUUGGUUCCUCUCUUUUUCCACAUUUCCUUCACUUACCCUGAGGUGUGCUCAUCUUAUAUGUUUCCUUUCUGUUUUGCUUGAGGGAGUAAGAUGUCUAUGUUGAAAUUCAGAGGAAGUCUUCCACAAAUAGAUAUCAUUCCUCUUUCUGAAAAAGUCAAUCUAAAGGUUAUUGUUGCGGUUAUAUACAAUCCUCUGUUCUAAUUUCAAAGUGCUAUGUUUUACUUUUGGUCCAGAACACAGCGUUACAUCUGGCUGCCAGGGAGGGUCAUGCGGCUGCAGUGACACUGCUCCUGGGCAGAGGGGCCCAGAUGAUGCUCAACAAGAGUGAUGCCUCCUUCCUCCAUGAAGCUGUUCUCAACGGCAGGAAAGACGUUGCCAUCGCUGUCAUCCACAAUGAGAGGUUGGGCCACUGUUCUAAGAUACAGUGGAUACUUAAUCUAUUAACUAUGUACAGUAUGUGCUGUUAUGAUGCUUUGACAGUACAAUGAUGUGUUUGAUUAUUGGUAUUCAGUUGGAUUGCAUGACAAUGUCAUGUUGACAUGUAAAAUAAAAUAUAACCUGUUUGUUUCAGAUGUGCUGAGGCUAUGCUAUUGUUCGAAGUGAAGUCAACUAAGCGAUGUGUUGUCAUGGACAUGAUAGAGUUCCUGCCAGAGUCAUUCAAAGUUAGUUUUAUCCAAGAAACUAUGCAUAAAGGAAACUGUCAUAAAGUAAAUGGAUACAAAACUCUCCCAUUUCCCAGUCAGCAUGUGAGAAGUACAUUUAUCGUGCAAUGUUUUUCCACAGCAUCUUUUGGACGCUUGUGUGAAUGAGUCAGAUGAUGACGUAAAUAGUUACAACUACUCUGUAAGUCUGUUCUCUCUAUUCUGUAUGUGGUAUUACCUUCUUAAAACUCAGGUUCAUUAUUGCUUAAUCAAAUUCCCAAAAACAUUCCAGUUAGGGUAUGUGUUGUAAUGUAAAAUAAUGUAUUUUUUUAAAUCAACAGAUCGAGUACACUUUCAAAUGGCUACAAGCUCCCAUGCAUAUCAUUAAGCUUGCAAAAACGGACAAAAGCUACUACUUCCAGCCUCUCACUGCUCUGAACGUUAGUACCCAUUACAAUACUGUAGACUGAACUUCACUGUCUUCAAACAUGCUAUUUUGCUCCAGAGUUAAGGGCCAUGAAGUUUCAACAACUAACAUUUUAAAGCAAAACAGUGCAAUAUCAGGAACAAGUCAUAUACAGUGCGUUCGGAAAGUAUUCAGACCCCUUGACUUUUUCCACAUUUUGUUACGUUACAGCCUUAUUCUAAAAUUGAUUAAAUAUUUUUACACAAAAUACCCCAUAAUGACAAAGCAAAAAAUGUUUUUUAGAAAUGUUUGCAAAUGUUUUAAAAAUAAAAAACUGAAAUACCUUAUUUACAUAAGUAUUCAGACCCUAUGAGACUUGAAAUUGAGCUCAGCUGCAUCCUGUUUACAUUGAUCAUCCUUGAGAUGUUUCUACAACUUGAUUGGAGUCCAUCUGUGGUAAAUUCAAUUGAUUGGACAUUAUUUGGAAAGGCACACACCUGUCUAUAUAAGGUCCCACAGUUGACAGUGCAUGUCAGAGCAAAAACCAAGCCAUGAGGUCGAAGGAAUUGUCCGUAGAGCUCCGAGACAGGAUUGUGUCGAGGCACAGAUCUGGGGAAGGGUACUAAAAAAUGUCAGCAGCAUUGAAGGUCCCCAAGAACACAGUUGCCUCCAUCAUUCUUAAAUGCAAGAAGUUUGGAACCACCAAGACUCUUCCUAGAGCUGGCCGCCUGGCCAAACUGAGCAAUCUGGGGAGAAGGGCCUUGGUCAGGGAGGUGACCAAGAACCUGAUGAUCACUCUGACAGAGCUCUAGAGUUCCUCUGUGGGGAUGGGAGAACUUUCCAGAAGUACAACCAUCUCUGCAGCACUCCACCAAUCAGGCCUUUAUGGUAGAGUGGCCAGACGGAAACCACUCCUCAGUAAAAGGCACAUGACAGCCCGCUUGGAGUUUGCCAAAAGGCACCUAAAGACUCUCAGACCAUGAGAAACAAGAUUCUCUGGUCUGAUGAAACCAAGAUUGAACUCUUUGGCCUGAAUGCCAAGCACCACGUCUAGAGGAAACCAGGCUCCAUCCCUACAGUGAUGCAUGGUGGUGGCAGCAUCGUGCUGUGGGGAUGUUUUUCAGUGGCAGGGACUGGGAGACUAGUCAGGAUCGAGGGAAAGAUGAAUGGAGCAAAGUAUAGAGAGAUCCUUGAUGAAAACCUGCUCCAGAGCGCUCAGGACCUCAGACUGGGGCGAAGGUUUACCUUCCAACAGGACAACGACCCUAAGCAUACAGCCAAGACAACGCAGGAGUGGCUUCGGGACAAGUCUCUGAAUGUCCUUGAGUGGCCCAGCCAGAGCCCGGACUUGAACCCAAUCGAACAUCUCUGUGGAGAGACCUGAAAAUAGCUGUGCAGCAAUGCUCCCCAUCCAACCUGACAGAGCUUGAGAGGAUCUGCAGAGAAGAAUGGGAGAAACUCCCCAAAUACAGGUGUGCCAAGCUUGUAGCGUCAUACCCAAGAAGACUCGAUGCUGUAAUCACUGCCAAAGGUGCUUCAACAAUGUACUGAGUAAUGGGUCUGAAUACUUAUGUAAAUGUUUUAAUAAAUUAGCAAACAUUUUAAAAAACCUGUUUUUGCUUUGUCAUUAUGGGGUAUUGUGUGUAGAUUGAUAAGGGAAAAAAACGAUUUAAUCAAUUUUAGAAUAAAGCUGUAACGUAACAAAAUGUGAAAAAAGUCAAGGGGUCUGAAUACUUUCUGAAGGCACUGUAUGUACAGUACCAGUCAAAAGUUUGGACACACCUACUCAUUCAACAGUUUUUCUUUAUUUUUACUAUUUUCUACAUUGUAGAAUAAUAGUGAAGACAUCAAAACCAUGAAAUAACACAUAUGGAAUCAUGUAGUAACCAAACAAGUGUUAAACAAAUCAAAAUAUAUUCAUAUUUGAGAUUCUUCAAAUAGCCACCCUUUGCCUUGAUGACAUUUUUGCACUCUCUUGGCAUUCUCUCAACCAGCUUCAUGAGGUAGUCACCUGGAAUGCAUUUCAAUUAACAGGUGUGCCUUGUUAAAUGUUAAUUUGUGGAAUUUAUUUCCUUCUUAAUGUGUUUGAGCCAAUCAGUUGUGUUGUGACAAGGUAAGGGUGGUAUACAGAAGAUAGCCCUAUUUGGUAAAAGACCAAGUCCAUAUUAUGGCAAGAACAGCUCAAAUAAGCAAAGAGAAACGACAGUCCAACAUUACUUUAAGACAUGAAGGUCAGUCAAUACGGAACAUUUCAAGAACUUUGAACGUUUCUUCAAGUGCAGUCUCAAAAACAAUCAAGCGCUAUGAUGAAACUGGCUCUCAUGAGGACUGCCACAGGAAAGGAAGACCCAGUUACCUCUGCUGCAGAGGAUAAGUUCAUUAGAGUUAACUGCACCUCAGAUUGCAGCCCAAAUAAAUGCUUCACAGAGUUCAAGUAACAGACACAUCUCAACAUCAACUGUUCAGUGGAGACUGCAUGAAUCAGGCCUUCAUGGUCGAUUUGCUGCAAAGAAACCACCACUAAAGGACACAAAUAAUAAGAAGAGACUUGCUUGGGCCAAGAAACACGAGCAAUGGACAUUAGACUGGUGGAAAUCUGUCCUUUGGUCUGAUGAGUCAAAAUUUGAGAUUUUUGGUUCCAUCCGCCGUGUCUUUGUGAGACGCAGAGUAGGUGAACGGAUGAUCUCCGCAUGUGUGUUUCCCACCGUGAAGCAUGGAGGAGGAGGUGUGAUGGUAUGGGGGUGCUUUGCUGGUGACACUGUCUGUGAUUUAUUUAGAAUUCAAGGCAUUCUGCAGCGAUACGCCAUCCCAUCUGGUUUGCGCUUAGUGGGACUAUCAUUCGUUUUUUAACAGGACAAUGACCCAAAACACACCUUCAGGCUGUGUAAGGGCUAUUUGACCAAGAAGGAGAGUGAUGGAGUGCUGCAUCAGAUGACCUGGCCUCCACAUUCACCCAACCUCAACCCAAUUGAGAUGGUUUGGGAUGAGUUGGACCGCAGAGUGAAGGAAAAGCAGCCAACAAGUGCUCAGCAUAUGUGGGAACUCCUUCAAGACUGUUGGAAAAGCAUUCCUCAUGAAGCUGGUUGAGAGAAUGCCAAGAGUGUGCAAAACUGUCAACAAGGCAAAGCGUGGCUAUUUUGAAGAAUCUCAAAUAUAAAAUAUAUUUAGAUUUGUUUAACACUUUUUUGGUUACUACAUGAUUCCAUAUGUGUUAUUUCAUAGUUUUGAUGUCUUCACUAUUAUUCUACAAUGUAGAAAAUAGUACAAAAUAAAGACAAACACUUGAAUGAGUAGGUGUGUCCAUACUUUUGACUUGUACUGUAUUUGUCAUUCCCACAAUACAACAUUGUUGGAUAGAGGAAAGGAAAACAUAAUUAUCUGACAUGUUGUCAAAGUGUUUAUUUUGUUAUUUGUUUACUAGUCCAUGGUGCAAUUUAAUCGCAUAGAGCUUCUGACCCAUCCUGUCUGCAAGAAGUAUCUAGAAAUGAAAUGGUGAGUGACACUGCUAGACUGCAUAUUAUGCAUGAACGUUAUCAUCAUACUACUGUCUCCAACACUGUAAAUAUUGACAACAUCAUACUACUGUCUCCAACACUAAAUAUUGACAACAUCAGAUUAAAAGUCAUGCCAAGCUACAGUAUAUACAAAAUAUAUUAGUGCACAAUCACCUGCGAAUAUUCACCAAAUGGUUUCUUUUAUCUAUUUAGGAACGCCUAUGGUAUCAAAGUGCAUCUGCUCAAUCUGGCCAUCUACUCACUUGGUCUGGGGCCUCUGACACACAUCAUUCAUACUCUGAAGCCCAUCCUCAACACCAAUGUCACCAAUACUACAUCACCAUCAUCAGUAAGCAUGGUGACCACCUCCCUUGACAAGGUGCCGUAUGAGAUCCGAUUACAUCCACAGCAAGACAUUAGACUUAUUUUCUAGUGUAUUUGUUUGUCUCAGAAACCUAGUUCAAUAACAACUCCUCCAUCUUCACAGCAAUGCUAUUUUAUCACCACCUGCAUGUUCCUGAUUCUUGCCAUGAAUAUGUACACAGUUGGCAAGGAGCUGGUGCAGGUAGUUCAUCAGGUAAUCAUGGAAAUCUAAAGCUGUUCUAAAUACUGUAGCCUCAAUCCAUGGUAUGUGAUUUAUCUGGUAGUGUGAUUUGAUCAUUUAAAUUAUAUUGUAGCGAAGUUAACCCAACACCUAGCAACCUUGUCAAGGAGUUUGGAUCACUUGGUGUAACGUUUAAGGUGUUGGUUUGACAGCCCCUGAACCCAGGUUCGAGUCCCAGUCGGGGCUACCGCCCGAAUUCAUUACAAUAUUGAAAUAGACGUUAAUUUGAUGUGUUUCUAUUCAAGGGUUCAAAGUACUUCCGUGAUGUGACCAAUGCAUUGGACUGGGGUGCUUCCGUCACUUCUCUGAUGUUUGUGAUCCCGUUACUGAUGGACUUCAAGGACACAUGGCAUUGGGAGGCUGGGGUAGUGGCAGUUCUUCUAUCCUGGAUCAACUUUCUUCUCUAUUUCCAACGGUAUGGAGACAAAGUUUUUUUUUGCCAUAAAAUAGUGUAGGUUUAUUGAGAUCCAUCUUUGAAGAAACAUUUAUAUAAAUUGAUCAAAUGUAUUUUUUGAUCAACAAAAGCAAUUUUAACAAAUAAAAUCACUCUUGGUCCACAGGUUUGAAUGUGUUGGGAUCUACGUGGUGAUGUUUUUAGAGAUUGCAAAAACUCUUUUAAGCAUCAUUGUACUGUUCUUCUUCUUGCUGCUGGCGUUUGCUUUGGCUUUCUAUGCCCUGAUGCUAGAACAGGUAUGUUUACAGGACCAUAGAGAUAUAACAAUGUUUUAUCUCUAUGUGAAGAACAUUGUAUUGUAUUGUUUUGUGUAAUGUAUGUAGCUGAGUGUUUUGUCUGUGAACAUCUGUUUAAAAUGGGCGAUAACUUGUACCUGUAUUUGUAUAAUGCAUUUCUACAAUUACAGUGAGCUCCAAAAGUAUUGGGAGAGUGACACAUUUGUUGUUCUUCUGGCUUUGUACUCCAGCACUAUGGAUUUGAAAUGGUUAAAGUGCAGACUGUCAGUUUUAAUUUGAGGGUAUUUUCAUCCAUAUCGGUGAACCGUUUAGAAAUUACAGCACUUUUUGUACAUACUGUAGUCCCCCCAUUUUAGGGGACAAAAAUAAUUGGGACAAAUUCACUUGUGUGUAUUAAAGUAGUCAAAUGUUAAGUAUAUGUUGGAUGCAUGAUAGCACGCAAUGACUGCUACAAAUUUGUUGGAUGCAUUUGCUGUUUGUUUUAGUCGUGUUUCAGAUUAUUUUGUGCUCAAUAGAAAUGAGUGGUAAAUAAUGUAUUGUGUCAUUUUGGAGUCUCUUUUAUUGUAAACAAUAAUAUAAUAUGGUUCUAAACACUUCUACAUUGAUGUGGAUGCUACCAUGAUUACGGAUAAUCCUGAAUGAAUCGUGAAUAAUGAGUGAGAAAGUUACAGAUGCACAAAUAUCAUACCCCAAGACAUGCUAACCUCUCACCAUUACAAUAACAGGGGAGGUAAGCAUUUUUUGGGGGGGUAUGAUAUUUGUGCAUCUGUAACUUUCUCACUCAUCAUAAUUCACGAUUUAUUCAGGAUUAUCCGUAAUCAUGGCAGCAUCCACAUUAAUGUAGAAGUGUUUAGAAACAGUGACUCCAAAAUGACACAACACAUUACUUACCAUUCAUUUCUAUUGUGCACAAAAUAAUCUGAAUCGUAACCAAAACAAACAGCAAAUGCAUCCAACUAAUUUGUAGAGUCACAAACUAGAUACAAUCAUUGCGUGCUAGGAAUAUGGGACCAAAUACUAAACUGUUGACUACUUUAAUACACAUAUUAGUGAAUUUGUCCCAAUACUUUUGGUCCCCUAAAAUGGGAGGACUAUGUACAAAAUGUUUCCAAACGGUUCACCCGAUAUGGAUGAACAUACCCUCAAAUUAAAGCUGACAGUCUGCCCUUUAACCUCAUAGUCAUUGCAUCACUUCAAAUGCUGGAGUACAGAGCCAAAACAACAACAAAAUAAUGUGUCACUGUCCCAAUACUUUUGGAGCUCACUGUAUAUGACUUUAUGCAUCUUUGUUCCCAGAACUUUUUUGACAGUAGAUCUAGUUUACUGCUAGCAAUUAUGCAAGCAUUUGUCAUGAUGGUUGGAGAAUUCAACUACCAAGAAAAUAUCCUGAAGCCAUUUCUGGAAGGGAUUCUGCCAUUCCCUUCUUUGACCUACGCCAUUUUUGUUAUGUUCACCUUCGCUGUGCCCAUUCUCCUCAUGAACCUAAUGGUAAGUCCUAAAAUCCUACAUGAAGCCAUUUACCUAUACUCCCAUUAUCAACUAAGGAUGCUUCAUUGCAUCUACAUGACUACAUUUUGUGUGACAUAGAUUGGCUUGGCUGUUGGUGACAUAGCAAAGGUACAGGAGAAUGCUGUGCUGAAGCAAAUGGGAAUGCAGGUGUGUUUUGACUUCUUUGUCAUGCUUUUUCAAACUCAUAAAGAAUUUUCAAACUCUUUACUAGUGUUUGACUGCCAGGAUAAAAUAAACUAUGCAUGUAUUAUAAACCAUUAUUCCACAGAUUGAGCUUCACACUAGUCUAGAGGAGAAGAUGCCGUACUGGUUAAUGAAGAGGGUUGACCAGGACUCUCUCACUGAGUACCCUAACAGAGCCUGCAGCAGAAAGGUGUGUCCUUUCUACAAGUGGUCGUAUUUAAAAGAAUAUGUUAAUAACUGCCCUUUGAAUGUUUGUGUAAAAUUGAAGGGCUUUCAAACUGAAGAACAGAACAAAUAUUUUGAGAUCCUCUUGAAGGCGUUUAAUACAGGACUUUCUUCAGUGUAUCUAUUGACCUAUAAAAAUUGUGAAUCAGUUAGUUUAAAGGAUUGUUUAAUCAACUAAUACUCUGCAUGUAAAUACUUAUGGAGAGACAUGGAGGUUGUCCAAGCCCACCAUAGGACACUGUUAGUGUUUGGUAUAGGUGUUUGGUAAACAACAUAGUCAUAAUGAAUAGUCUGAAUCUCCUUUAACAGAGAGAAAUGUUCUUUGCAAUGCUGGGUAUGGGGCAUGAGAGAACCCGUCUCAACUCCACUUCCCAUCGGUUUACACCUAUGGAACAGGAAAUCAGUAAACAGAAGUACAGGUGAGGACUUAGUUCACACCAGUGGUUUGUUUGACCUUAUUCAAAUACAACAGCAGAGCAAUGCACAAGUAUUAACAUUAUAUUGUGUAUCAGUAUUUGGUUUAUCAGUAUUUAAAAAUCUAUCAGUGUUUAAAGUGCAUUCUAUCAAUUUUGUAUUAAGUGCUUCAAUACUACACCGUUUUUGAGACUAUUAAAAUAGACAAUAUAUGAAUUCUCCAGGCUGAAGGAGAUGUCUAAUGUUAUUGAGAAGCAGCACAACCUGCUGAAGCUGAUCGUUCAGAAGAUGGAGAUCAGUUCGGAGGCGGAGGAAGAGCAUGACGGUCCUCAGCUGUUCCAAGGCUACAGGGAUAAGCCCCUCCCCCCCAAGAGCAAAUGGAACCCUCUGCUGAGGGCACUGGCAGCCAGGGAGUAUCAUCCAUCACAUAUAUUAUAA